ACACAUAGGUCCGCAUUUAGCAGAGAAGAAUCGCCACUUCUAUCCUUGCGCGGUGCACUUUGGGCCAGGCCUGCCCUCUCAAGGGUGACAGGAUGGCUUUCCUGCCCAGGAGUCACAUGGGGGCACGUACAAGAGCAAAAGCCCUGUGGCCAAGGAUGAUCCUGGCGACCUUGCGGCGCUCUGGUUGGUGGCUGCCCUGGCCUUUGCUUGGUACCACGAUAUGGCAAGGACAAUUGCAGGUUUCCUUAAGGACAUCCUUCACCCUUCCUUCUUAAGCGUUAUUCUUAACCCCCAGACACCUUCGCCUCAUAAAAGUGGGAGCAGCUGUCAAAAUUAUUAACACCUGAAGACUCCCUGCUACAGAGCAGAGUUCCCAUUUUGCAGGUGGGAACUGUGAGGUCACAGAUGGUUACGUGAUGUAUCCCAGUUAAUGGAGAUAACUUAGUCUCUUCCACUCUCCCUUAUGUGUGUUUAAUGCUGUGUGUUGCAUUCUCUGUUAAUCAGAGAGUAAACAUAGGCCCGUUUGGGCAGCCAGAGAAGGAGGCACCAGGGUCAGACAUUGCAAUGCUUUCAGGAUGGGGCGCCCUACAGGGUUUACUGCGGCCCCCAGGGUUGACGUAAGGAAGAAAUACGACACCAAAUUCAGGAAAGCCACUCUCACCCUCUGCCCCUGGAAUGGACCCUGGAGUUUGGAACAAGAUCUUGCUCUUGAGGAAAAUGGUCCUUGCGCGUUUCGAGCCGAAGAAGACGCCUUUGGCUGUUGCGCAGGGUCCCCCUUCUCCAACACUCCCGCCUACGCAGUCUUUAAAGCCUCCUCCGAAUGCCGGAUCCGGAGAAGGAACUGAAUCUUGGGCCUGCCGCCUUUUCCCGUAAGCAGCGACCCGGUGGUCUUGUCAGGAAGUUUACGUUUGAAGGUGAGUAGUUGCCACGCCCCAUGGUGUGGGCUCCACCCCCUGGAACGCUGGCGAGAGGCGGCCACGAGGCCUCAGCCUUGCUGGAUGAGCAGCAGGUGGGCCUCUUUCUGGAGAACUCCCGCACUUAAUUCCAGUGCCCGCUAUGUCGCCACCUCCUCCGGGGAUCUCUGAAUCUGUCCUUGACCCUGGCCCCGCAGUGGGCGCAUCCAAGUGGACUGGAUGAAUCUGAAUGGAUCCCAGACCUGGGGGACUUAAGCCAGACAGGACAGAGAAGGAGUCAGAGCACCAGCGGCCAGUGCAGGGCGCAGCACAAGGCCUGGCACAGGGUGCUCUGAAAAUGGGAUUUGGGAGGGUGUCUUGGGGAUCCAGGCAGUUUUUAAAAUCUGUCUUCACUGUAGUGAAGUACCCUGAAGUAGGCACUAUUCUUAUCCUCAUUUUACAGAGAGAUUAAGUGUUCUUUCACCAUGACAGAGCAAGAAUUUGAAACCAGGUCUACCCAAUGCCGAAGCUUGUCUUAACCUCCUUAUUAUAAGCAUACCUGCAAAAGAAGCCAUGUGAGCAAAGAUGCUGAGAUGAGAAAGAAUGCAGAAUAGAGGAGGAGACUACCGAAAAAAAAAAAACAACAACAAAAACGUAGUUUCUGGAGCACCCAGCUCUGUCCACAAAGAGGCAGGAGUGAGGCUGGAGAGGAUGCUGGAGAGCCUUGUAAGCCAAAACAGGAAAGGGGACUUGGUCCUGAGGGUGAUGAGGACCAACCCCCCCCCCCCCCCGAGGUUUUAUACAGGAGAGUAAUGCACUCUCUCUGGCUGCAGUUAGGAGGGUGGGUGCAGGUUGGGGAGGGAAAGCAGAGAGGUAACUGCAGUCUACUUUAGAUCUAGCUUCUCAAGGUGUUUCUCAUUAUACACACAUAGAAAAUGAUUACUUUUGUAUGACACACUGGGGUAAUAAAGGGGGCUGUUUGCAACUAGAGGCAAUCAAUCCAGGGGCUCCAGACACCUGAAGACCCUGCACAGCCACCCCUAGGGCUGAAGACUCUCGGGCAACAUGUACCCCAGUCACAGUGGACCUGGACUCAGUAACAGUGAAGGAUGAAGAACAAUCCUGGAUUCAAAGGAUGAUUAGAGAGCUAAGUUAGUAUCACAUCAUGAGGCAUGAAGAUGGAAGAUAACACUUGGGUCUCUGGACUGAAUAACUGGAUAAACUAGUUCUCUCACUGCUGCAGGGAAUAUGGGGCCAGGGCUGGUUGAUAGGGAAAUUAUGCCUUCUUUCUAGCUGCCCUGUGUUUGAGGGACGUGCAGAAGCCCAACACGCAGUGGAUCAGGCUCUGGAGUCAGACUGAGUCCAACUACUGCUUUCAUCAGCCUCCUGGUUCUGUUGCUUUGAGCAAAAAACUUGAUCUCUCUAAACCUAUCCAUUCAUCUACAAGAUAGGGAUAAGAAUAGAAUUAUAGGUUUGUUAUGAGAAUAAAAUGAAAUAAUGUACAGUGCCUGGAACAUCAUAAGUAUCUAAAAAUGGCAAUUCUAUUUGUUAUUAUUUAUUAUUAUCAGUAAAUCUGAAGCUCAGAAAAGAAAUAAUUUCAAAAAUCAUCAAAAGGAAAUUGAAACCGUGAGAAUAAAUGAGAUGACCCAAAGAGUGUGGAUGAUGAGAAGGGAGGAAGUUGAAGACCAGGAGCACUGACAUUUCAGGGGUGAACAGAGGAAGGGGUGCCUAAGAAGAUAUAGAGAAGAAGGAGGAAGACCAUCAGAGCCUGACGUCAUGGAAGCCACAUGUCACAGCUACACAGCUGAUCUUCUUUCUCACUUCCUCCUCCCUAAGAGAACCUGAUGUUGUGAGGAUAAGCACUCUGGAUGUCUGUGUGCCUCAAAGUAGCCCACAGCCCCAACUCCAAAUCAGGAAGUGAGUCCCCACUGGAAAUCCCAUUUCCCUUGCCAGUGAUUGGUUUAGGAAGGUGUAUUUGAUACCUUUCUGGCCAAUGGGACUGAGUGGAAAGUCUGCUGGGGGACUUCUGGAAAAGAUUCCUUUGAUUUAAAGAAAUGCACAUGCAAAUCAAAACCAUGAUAAGAAACCACUUCACACCCACUAGGAUGGCUGGAGUCAAAAAGCCAGACUAAUAAUGAAUGUUGAUCAGGAUAUAGGAAACUCAGAACCUUCAUACUGCUGGUGGGAAGCCACUUGGAAAACAAUCUGGCAGUUCUUCAAAUGAUUAAACACAGAGUUACCAUAUGACCCAGGAGUUCCAUUCCUACGUAUGUGCCAAGGGGAGUGGAAAUGUUACGUCCACACAGAAACUUCUACACAAAUGCUUAUAGCAGCAUUAUUCAUAAUAGCCAGAAGGUUCAACUCAAAUGUCCAUCAACAGUUGACUGGAUACACAAAUGUCGUCUGUCCAUAAAAUGGAAUAGUAUUUGGCCAUAAAAAAGGAUACAGUACUGAUACAUACUACGACAUGGAUAAACCUUGGAAACAUUAUUCUAAGUGAGAGAAGCCAGCCACAAAAGACCACAUACUGUAUGAUCCCAUUCAUAUGAAAGUCCAGAACAGGGAAAUUGAUAAAGACAGAAAGUAGAUUAGUGGUCCCUUAGGACUGGGGUGGUAGCAGGGGGAUGGGGAGUGAUAAGUAAAGGAUAUGAGGUUUCUUCUUGAAGUGAUGAAAAUGUUCUAAAAUUGCUGAUGGUGAUGGUUGCACAUAUCUGUGAAUAGACUAAAAACCAGUGCACUGUACAAAUUAGUGAAUUAUAUGAUACGUUAAUUAUAUCUCAAUAAAACUGUUAAAAAAGAAGUAACAACAAAAAAAGACAUAUGUAAAAAAUACAGACUCUUCUUCUCAACGUUGUCUUGUUUGGUUGGGAUGCGGGGAGUGUACCAGCCAUCUUGCUACCAGCAUGAGGGAGAUGUCUGCACAAGGAGACCGGCAGAGUCGCGAGGAUCACGGAGAAGCAGCAGAGGAGCCCUGGCAGUAGCAAGCUCUGCUUGUCUUGUUACGUGGCAGGAUGAAUUGUUUAUGCCAGACUGAAUCAGAGUUUUUGUUGUUGAUGUUAUUUCCAAAUAACUAAGUACUUUAAUCACCAAGAGGUUUAAUAUAGGAAAGUGGCUUCUUAUGAAAACCUCAAGGGUGCUAGAUGGUCAGGCUCAAGCUGACCCUCCAGGAAUGACUCUUAGAAGCAGCAAAACUGACCCACUAUGGGAGCUACCACCUCUCCCCCCCGUGUCAGGAGUCGGGGACACAGCAGGCCACCCCUGGAACUACUGAAUUCAAGAACAUGGUACAUUACUUGUGUUCCAAGGAUCGGAAAGCCGUAGUCAAACCAUCAUAGCUGCCUUCAGCAACCACGAAGCUGGUGAAUGAACCUGGAACUCUGCUUCAGGAAACUCACCCAUCUCCUUGACCUUACUUGCCAGCAGAAAACAAGGCAGCAGGAGGAUGGCUUUCCUGACUUCCACCUUCCAGAUAUCUCCCCCCAAUGCCCAUGCCCUUUGCUCUCUAUUCCCGCUUGCAUCUCUGCUCUUCUAUCUGGAACCACUUUUCCUCCUGCCUGCUAUGUAUUUGUGUACAUGUCUACAUGUGUAUAUACAUAUGUAUCUCCUUUUGAGUGUGCUGGGGGUCUGCUUGUGAAGGCCUUUCACGCUUAGUUUACCUGAAAAUAUCUUUGUUUUGCCCUCAUUCUUGGAUUGUUUUCCUUAGACAUAGAAGAUAGACUGUUAGUUAUUUUCUCUUCUUUUUCUCUUGUGUUUGUUUUAGUUUCUGUGGGAAAGAGGGCAGCAUGUGUCUGGGUCAUUUGAUAGUUCCCUUUCCCCACAGGGUGGAUGAGAUCGUGGGCCACAGCCAGGGCCUAGAAGGCCUCCCAUCACGGAGACAGUGGAAGAAAUCAGAACGAUGGGACACAUGGUCAAGGUGGAAAAGCAGCCAGUCGAAGUGCUGAUUUGGAGGCUGUCCUAGUGCUGGAGGAGGGGAUGUGGUCGCUGGUUGACUCCAAGCUGGACCCAGGAAACUGAAAGCCCAUCCCCAACCCCAUCCUUGGAAUGUGUGCUCCGCUUGCCUUCCUCAGGCCAGAAGCUGCCCAAGGACACAGCUUUGAGACAGUCGUGUGGUGUUGAGACCAUCUGGAUGGCAUACAGGAUGAAGCCCAGUUAAGGGCUCUAUAUAAACUUUAAGAUUCUGGCAGGCGGGUGCGGAGAUCUGUUCAUCUUGUAGCGGCCACCCAAGACAAGCUUGCAGAUGCAGAUCUCUGGAACCAGAAUAGCAUCUGUAGCAGCUGAAGUCAUCCUAGGCUCUUGGCCCAGUGUCUUGGGAGCCAUUUGAGAUGAAGAUGGCAGCCAGGGUGCUGUGGGGCAGCCUCAGCCUCCUCCGCCUGGUGUGGUGUCUCCUUCCGCAGACAGGCUAUGUGCACCCCGAUGAGUUCUUCCAGUCACCCGAGGUCAUGGCAGAGGACGUCCUGGGCAUAGAGGCUGCACGGCCAUGGGAGUUUCACCCCAGCAGCCCCUGCCGCACGGUGGUCUUCCCACUGCUGACCUCUGGCUCUGCCUUCUGGCUGCUCAGGCUCUGGGAAGAGUCGGGGGCAUGGCCUGGCCCAGUGAGUGGCUACGUGCUGCUGGUGGGGCCCCGACUCCUCCUUACUGCCCUCUCCUUUGCCCUGGACAUGGCUGUGUACCACCUGGCCCCAUGCUGGGGGGCGGAGCGCUGGAACGCCCUGGUCCUGCUGUCUGGUUCCUACGUCACCUUGGUCUUCUACACAAGGACCUUCUCCAAUGCCAUCGAGGGACUGCUCUUUGCGUGGCUGCUGGUACUGGUAUCCCCCCGUGCAGCCUGGACCCCUAUACCCAUGAAGCCUGCUCCAGGACCGUGGUGGCAGAGCUGGCUUCUUGGGGGCAUUGUGGCUGCUGGCUUCUUCAACCGGCCCACCUUUCUGGCCUUUGCUCUAGUCCCCCUCUUCCUCUGGGGAACUUAUGGAGCCACAAACUCCAGCUUGAAGUCACUGACCAAGGAAGCCCUGGUGUUGCUCCCAGGGGCAACCCUCACAGCAGCAGUGUUUGUGGCUGUGGACAGCUGGUAUUUCUCCAGUCCAUCUAGAUCCAGUACCCUUGUCCUUACACCUGCCAACUUCUUGCACUACAACCUGGAUCCUGUAAACCUGGCGAGGCACGGCACGCAUAUGCGGCUCACUCACCUGGCAGUCAAUGGCUUCCUGCUCUUUGGGGUGCUGCACGCCCAGGCCCUGCAGGCUGCGUGGCAACAGCUACAAGCCUGCCUCCAGGCCUUCGCACCAACGGGCUUCCCGAGGAUGCUGGGCGCCCGGAGCCUGCGGUCCUGCCCCAGGUCUCACCUCCUGCUCCUCUACUUCAUGCCCCUGGCCCUGCUGUCUGCCUUUAGCCACCAGGAGGCUCGGUUCCUGAUCCCUCUCCUGGUCCCCCUGGUUCUGCUUUGUAGUCCACAGAGCCAGCUCGUGCCCCACAAGGGCACUCUGGUCCUCUUCAAUGCCCUGGGUGCCCUCUUCUUUGGCUGCCUGCACCAGGGGGGCCUACUGCCUGGCCUGGGGCACUUGGAGCAGGUGGUUCACACUCCCAUGCUCCCGCAGGUACCUACCCACUACACGCUCCUCUUCACCCACACCUACAUGCCCCCCCGGCACCUCCUACACCUCCCAGGCCUGGGGUCGCCUGUGGAGGUGGUGGACAUGGGUGGGACUGAGGACCGGGUCCUGUGCCAAGCCCUGAACAGCUUCAUCAGACAGCCGGCCUGCCAGGUGGCUGGUGGGCCAUGGCUCUGCCGUCUUUUUGUGGUGACCCCUGGCACCGCCAGGCCCGCUGUGAAGAAGUGCAGCUUCCCCCUCAAGAAUGAGACACUCAUCUUUCCUCACGUGACCCUUGAGGACCCACCAUCCCUGUCCUCCCUGCUGAGUGAGGCUUGGAGGGACCUUCUCAGCCUUCACAUCCUGGAGCUGGGGGAGAAGCCUGACAAUAUGACAGGAAGUCCACUGCCCAAGAUUCAGCCAUAGGUGAAGGUACCACUCUGUCUACAUGGGUAGCUGGAUGAGGACAGAGCCCUGACUCUUUUCCUUUCCAGAAUUCCCACCGCUGUCUCUCCUGUGCACAGUCUUCAGCUGCUUCACCUUCUGAGUAAACUGACACCCAUUUUCCCUCAAAGACCAAAGAUCUGACCAACCACAGUCCUGAUGCCAAGGUCCCCAAAGAAUUGAUAUAAUCAACAAUGCCAAAUGUCUGUCCCUGCCCUA